CCCUCCCAACAGAGUUGGAACCUAAAAAAAAAACUGAUUUAGAGAGAGAGAGGAAAAGGUUGGUACCAAAUCCCUAAGUCAUAUAAGCCUUUUCCCCCUUACCACUCCCACAAUCACCACAACAUGGCUACUGCUGCUGCAGGCAUAGCCUCCUUGUUUUCAUCUUCCAUCAACCCUGUCAAAUCUCUACGUUCCAAAAACUUCCCAAUAGAUACAUCCUCAAACCUAACUUUUGCAUAUGUUGCAUCACAUUCCUCAGUUGAACCUUUGUGCGUUGGUGCAACAAUCUCAUCACACAAGUUAUGGAUGCCUAGAAUUUCUGUUGCUGCUGUUGCUCAGAAAGAGGCCGUUGUGGCCGUCGAUCAUGAAGAGAAGGUUGUGGUAGAGGAGGAACAAGAACAAGAGAAAGAGAAUGGAGGGGAAAUUGAUGCAGAAGUAGACAGUAGAACUAAGCUUUAUUUUGGGAAUUUGCCUUACAGUGUUGAUAGUGCACAACUUGCAGGGCUAAUUGAGGAUUAUGGUAGCGCAGAACUAAUCGAGGUUCAUUACGACAGGAACACUGGAAAAAGUAAAGGCUUUGCAUUUGUGACCAUGAGUAGUGUUGAAGAUUGUAAUGAAGUAAUUAAAAAUCUUGAUAAAAAAGAGUUCAUGGGGCGAAUCUUGCUGGUGGAUUUCUGUCGGGUGAAUUUCUCGGGCAAACACCAUGUAGAAUCGUUGUACCCUGAAACCAAAUACAAGCUUUUUGUUGGGCACUUGUCUUGGACAGUAACUUCCGAGAGUCUGGCAGAAGCCUUUCAACAACAUGGAACUGUGGUUGGAGCUAGGGUGAUGUAUAAUGGCGAAACCGGACAGUCUCGUGGCUUUGGCUUUGUUUGCUAUGCCAAUAGAUCAGAAAUGGAAGCUGCCCUUACACUCAUGAAUGAUGUGGAACUAGAAGGAUGGAAAUUGCGCGUAAGUUUGGCGCAACCAAAACGUUCAUAAGGUUGAUAGAAAUGCCGAAAAAGCUCUUAGAUGUUCAACAAUGGUGUGCCAAAGAAAUGAGAAGGGCAUGGCCAUCUAACCUACCAUGAUAAAUAUACUUGACACUAAAUUGCGUGAUUGAUGAUAUGAUAGUGUUUGUUGGUGCUGUUAGUUUUAUGAGAUUUUUUGAGUUUUUGUUUCAAAGUAUGGUGAAGAUUGGAGAUUUUAUUGUGUCUGCCAGGGUUUUGAAUAAAGGUCUGCAUAUUGGUUUUGUUAUGUUGCUGACAUUUUAACUGUACAAUGAUUGAAGCUGCAUUUGCUUGUAAUUCUCUGUAAUAUUGAAAAUUGUGAUGCGACUAUAGCUGAAUGAUUCUUUUGGAUACAAAGGGAUUUGGACUUGUGAUCCCAGCUAUAUAUGAAGUCAAAGGACUUAAUGAAAAAUUAUUAAACAUUUUAAUUA